ACCACCAUGUCCGACCCCCAACCUGCAGAAGCCUCGUCGUCCGAGAUUUCCAUCAACGUGAAAGGACCGAGCGAGCUCAAGCUCCAGAUCUCAAUAUCCACCGACAAGACCGUCACCGAGCUCAAGCAGGCCAUCGCGGAGAAGUCCGAUGUGCCCGCGGACCGCCAGCGACUCAUCUAUUCGGGCCGGGUGCUGAAGGACGAAGAUGCGCUUGUCACGUACAAGAUCCAGUCGGGGCACACCAUCCACAUGGUGAAGGGCGCCGCGCGCGCGGGCCCGUCGGCACAGGCAGCAGCGCCGCAGCAACUCCCGACGAUGCAGUCGGGGCAGAACCCGCACGACCCGCUCACGCAGCUGAACGGCCCCAUGGGCUUCGGGCUCAUGGCGGGCUUCAACCCGUUCGCAGAGAUGGGGCUCAACCCGAACGAUCCUAACAUGAUGCAAACCAUGCUCAACUCGCCCCAAUUCCUGCAACAAAUGUCGGGCGUUAUGGCCAACCCCGCCGUGCUCGACCAGAUCAUCGCCUCCAACCCCCAGCUCGCCGCGAUGGGUCCUCAAGUCCGCGAGGUGUUCCGCAGCGAGCGGUUCCGCCAGAUGAUGUCGAACCCGGAGACGCUCCGGAUGAUGCUCCAGAUGUCGAGCCUCAUGCGCGAGUCUGGCAUGGGCCCCGGCGGCGGUGCACCAGGUCUCGGCGGGCUCGGUGCACUAGGUGGGCUCGGGGGUGCUGGUGCAGGCAACGGCGGCUUCCCAGCCCCGGGUCUGCCGUCAACGGCGCGUCAGCAACAACAGGGCGAAGGCGCAGAGGCGGGCGCGCAACAACCAGCGGGGUCGCCGCCAGCAGCAGGCGGAUUUCCGAACUACUUCUCUCCGUUCGGCGCGUACCCGCCCGCGCCCGGGACACCUGGAGGAACCGCUGCUGGAGGUGAUGCGAGUGCGGGACUAGGUGCAGGAGCAGCACCGGGACUGGGCGGUGCGGGCAUGUUCGAUCCCGCCAUGAUGCAGCAGAUGCUGGCAGCAAUGGGCGGCGGCGGUAGCCCAGGUGCGGCUGCCAACCCGUUCGGUGGUCUCGGCGGGUUUGGUGCUGGGGGCCUUGGUGGGCUUGGUGGGCUCGGUGCGGGGGGACUGGGUGCUUUCGGGGCCCCGGCCGCACCUGCGAAUACCCAACCCCCAGAAGAGCGGUUCCAAGUCCAGCUACAGCAAUUGCAAGAUAUGGGCUUCACGAACGCGUCGCAGAACGUCCGGGCGCUGCUCGCGACGGGCGGGAACGUGCAUUCGGCGAUCGAGUAUAUCUUGUCUGGCGGAGGGUUGUAAUUGGUGUACGAAACUAGACGGGCAGCAGUUCUUGGGAGAUGUUGUACGAAGUACGGAAGGACAAAUGUUACACCACUUGC